AUGUCUCGUACCGACGUUAGCUUUGCAAUCGUUUGCAUGAUCAAUAACACAGCGGUGGAAAUGGUAACUACUGGUACCAAUGGUACCAAUGCAAGCAAGAAAACUGCAACAUGCGCGCCACGGGAUGAGAGCGAACUAAAUGAAAGAGAAGCGUAUAUGGGUGAACUUGUUUGGACAAAAGAUGUACAAGGAUAUGUACUGAGUGCUUUCUUCUGGGGCUACAUAAGUAGCCAAAUCCUUGGUGGUUAUUUGGCCAAUCUCUACGGUGGUCGUUUAGUGAUCGGUUUUACAGUUAUGGGAUGUGCAGUUCUUACUUUGAUCAGUCCAGUAGCCGCAACAACUAGCGUUUUUGUAUUCGUUAUUGUGCGAGCUAUCAUAGGUUUUAUGCAGGGUGCCAUAUUUCCCGCAUAUCAUGCGAUGUGGUCCAUGUGGGCGCCACCUUUGGAAAGAAGUCUAUUAACCGGCAUAACAUAUGCAGGUGCUCAAAUAGGUAAUACAGCGGUGAUGCCAUUGUCCGGUUUACUUUGUAAGUAUGGAUUUGCAGGUGGUUGGCCAUCCAUCUUUUACGUUAUCGGUACGGCCGGCGUUUUAUGGUGUUUUCUUUGGUUCUUCUAUGUUUCGGAUCGACCGUCACAUAGUAAACGUAUUUCUAAGAAAGAGCUAAACUAUAUUGAAAAUUCGUUAGCUGACAUAUUAGCACCGGAUUCCAAGAAGGUAGUAAUUUUCCGAAACACAUUUCUUCAGAAUUAG